UUGAUUAAGUCAAGUAUUAUUAUAGUAUUCUUGUUUGUUUCUUCUGGUAUUAUUUAGAUGAUGGCAAAUAUGAUGUAGAAGAAUUUGCGACCGUAAGAACUAGACCAUAGCCUUUUAUUUCGGAUGCAAAAUAUUAGGACCUUACAAAAGUUAUAAGCGCCUGGAAAUGUUCAUAGCAGAUAUUUAAGCACUGAUCAGUGAUGAUGACGCAUACGAAAUUGAACUUACUGAAUAUUUUGUUAUAGGUCCGGGCUCUAAAUCCAGAAAAGCCGUAAUCAAACUUGGCCCAAGAAAGAAAAUGCUCCGAGGCGCCCCAAAGAGAGUCAUGCUCAUAACUCCCCAGCCCCCGCCCCCGCCCGUGCAAUUGAAAAUGACGAAAAAGAAAGAAGUGGACAAACAUCAAGCGAACGUCGCUUCUAUUAUAACGUCAUCAAAUGCCACUCCGAUCAGAAGUUGGGGUGGUUUGGGAUUUACUUGCAGCUUUUGCCCGACGAAUUUCUUUGACCCUGCGCAACUAAAAAAGCACACCCUAACCGCUCAUGGUGACGACGAAAAAUCCAUGUUUAUGCAGGGCUAUUCCAUUAUAAAUUUCAUAGUUAAGUUGGACGUGACAGAUUUACAAUGUAAGCUUUGCGGUUACGCUGUCGACACCCUGGAAGGACUAGAACACCAUUUGACCUCAUCACAUCACAAAGUGUUCCACAAAGACUGUAUCAACCACAUCGUUCCAUUCAGAUUUGAUGAUGCAGACACUCUUCGGUGCGCCAUUUGCAGAAACGAAUUCAACAAUUUCAAAGUCCUCCUGGAGCAUAUGAACAAACAUUUUAGGAAUUACGUUUGCGAUGUUUGUGACAGUGGUUUUGUAAAUCAAAGGAUGCUUCAAACUCAUAGCUAUAGGCAUAAGAAAGGAGAGUUUAUUUGUCCGCAAUGUAGUAAGGUUUUCGAUAAUAAGGUGAAGCAGAAAGAGCACGAAAGGGCUGUACAUGUGAGCCACAAUAAAAGAAGUAAGUGUGGGUAUUGCGAAGAGAAAUUCUCGGACUACACUAAGAAGAACGAUCACAUGGUGAAGGUGCACGGAGCUAAAGCUUUGGUCCUGAAGUGCCAGGCUUGCAAUAAGAUAUUUGAUAACCAACGGUCGCUGACUGUGCACACCAAGUCGUAUCAUUUACUUGAAGGACGACUAAAGAAGUAGGUUAAGUUUUAAGUGACCCCUAUGGUAACACAUAACAGGAAUUUUGUUUUCAUAGGGGUCACUUUUGAUUGAUGGUGAAAACGUUCAUAGGUCAGGUACUUACAUAGAUCUGAAGUUGUAGUCCGUGCAAAAUUCUCCCAUUAUUUUGUAAGAUGAUACCUGCUUGUAUUACCUACGUGUAAGUGACUUUUUAGAAUAAAUUACUUAAACAUUUUA